UUUGGGGCUGGCAAACAUAAUUAAGUGAACAAUUUGCGUUUGAUUGACGCGUUUUAUUAAGAAAUGACUCGACCGGAAGUUGGGCGUUUUGCAUCUGUGCUGAGUUAAUCAAGAUUUAAUUUAUAUAUUCGAGAUGCGUCUCUUGAAAGUAGGUAGGGGAUAACGCGCACAAUUGUUUGUACGAAAAGACUCCAGAAUACUGGGGCACUCUGGCACUUUGGGAUAAAAUGGUAGUAAAGGUUUACGUCGCAUCUUCAACUGGCUCUGUCGCGAUAAAAAAACAUCAGCAGGAUGUGGUAGGCUUUCUUGAGGCCAAUCGGAUCAACUUUCAGGAGGUAGACAUCACAAUGUUGGAAAAAGAGAGAUUGUGGAUGUACAACAACAUUCCCAAAGACCGGCAGCCGGAGAAGGGAAGACCUGUGCCUCCACAGAUCUUCAAUGAGGAUCGAUACUGUGGGGACUAUGAAGACUUCUUCCAGUCCAAGGAAAACAACACAGUGUUUGUAUUUUUGGGCCUCAAGUCAAAACCCUCCAUAAAAGAUUCUGAGUCCUGAAACAUAUGGAUGAUUUGUACAAAUACCUUAAGAAGCCAUGGACUCUACCUGUGUUGCAUUAGCAUAUCAAACUUUUCAUGUAUGCUCUUUUUGUGCACAUAUUGCCAAACACCAAAACUCUGUGUGAUCCUGCUCUUUAUCUUCUGACCAGAGAGCCAAGAAUUUGUGCUUUUGUGUUUUUAACUGCACCAACUGCACCACAGCUGUUCCAGUCAGAAGUCUUACUGAAUAAGAGUUGAUUUCUGGAUACUAUAUCUUUAUAUUAAAAGUAAUAUAUUUAUACUUGUACUUGUAAGUAGAAUUACAAUCACAAAUUGCUAUGAAAUUCACGCUUGGUUAGAUUUAUUUUGGAUCUAGUCUGUAUGAUUUAGAUAAAAAGAAAGCUACAAAAGAAACAUACAUGUUUUUUACACUUUGCUAUCUACUAAUUACACUUUGUUGGAGAAUAAAACCUUAGAUUCCAACAUUAUUUAUGUUAUUUCCAGCAAUUAAUGAAAAUAACAACUGUUACUCAAUUGAUUUUAGUUUUCAAGUAAUAAAAUUGGCUAUAUCUUGUUAGUUUAACCUUAA